CAUCUGCGUGGUGAACUCGGAGACUUUUUCGUGGGCUGCAUCUUCACGGCCGAGCUCAGCACCCCGUUUGUGUCUCUGGGCAAGAUCCUGAUUCAGGUGAAAAUGCAAGAUUCCCUCCUGCAUAAGAUCAACGGGAUCCUCAUCCUGGUCACCUUCUUCCUGUGCCGGAUCCUCCUCUUCCCGUACAUGUACUGGGCCUACGGGCGACAGAUGAACCUGCCUAUCUACGAGGUACCCUUUCGCAUCCCUCUGCAUUGCAACGUGGCCAACGCAUUCUUGAUCGCGCCCCAGAUCUACUGGUUUGUUCUCAUCUGCCGCAAAGCAAUGAGGCUCUACAGCAGUUCGCCAGCUCCGGACCGAAUGCGAUAG